AUUACCGGAACAGCCUCGUGUUGCAUUGUGGGAAGUUUGCCCCUAACAAACAUGGCGGACGCCUUUGGAGACGGCUUGUUCAGCGUGUUUGACGAUGAACAACAAACUUCCACAAGCAAAAAGACACCAACGAGCGUGCCCACGGAAACGGGGAAAGCUGUAGGUAAAAAUGACUCUGACAAAGAUGCUGGUCCAUCCCCGCGGGUCAAGAGGGAGGCAGACAGUGACGGAGGAGAGGAGGUGGUGUUUGGAAAGAAACCUCGAAUUGAGGCGGUCUCCGCUAACGACCUAAACCUUGCAGAAUUUAUGCCUCAAGUGAAGGUGGAGCAAGUUGAAACUGUUGAAGGAUGCUCACACGAGGUGGCCCUGCCUGCUAAUGAAGAGUAUAAACCACUAAAAUCACGAGUGGGGAAAGCAGCCAAGGAGUAUCCUUUUGUUCUCGAUCCCUUCCAGCGUGAAGCCAUCUUAUGCAUUGACAACAACCAGUCUGUGCUUGUGUCUGCUCACACGUCUGCUGGCAAGACUGUUUGCGCUGAAUAUGCCAUUGCACUGGCUCUCAGAGAGAAGCAGAGAGUGAUCUUCACCAGCCCCAUCAAGGCCCUCUCCAACCAGAAGUACAGAGAAAUGUACGAAGAGUUCCAGGAUGUGGGACUGAUGACCGGUGACGUCACCAUCAACCCCACUGCUUCUUGUCUCGUCAUGACAACAGAGAUCCUGAGGAGCAUGCUCUACCGGGGCUCUGAGAUCAUGAGGGAAGUGGCGUGGGUCAUCUUUGACGAGAUCCACUACAUGAGAGACGCAGAGCGUGGUGUGGUGUGGGAGGAAACCAUCAUCCUUCUUCCUGACAAUGUGCAUUACGUCUUCCUGUCGGCCACCAUCCCCAACGCCAAACAGUUUGCAGAGUGGAUUUGCCACUUACAUAAACAACCAUGCCAUGUCGUCUACACAGACUACCGCCCCACUCCGCUGCAACACUACAUCUUUCCAGCAGGGGGCGACGGACUCCACCUGGUGGUUGAUGAGAACGGAGAUUUCAGAGAAGACAAUUUCAACACAGCUAUGCAGGUGCUGAGAGACGCUGGGGAUUCUGGGAACAGCGGUGGAGGUGGCAAGUGGGACCCAAGAGGACGGAAAGGAGGCACUAAAGGUCCGUCCAGCGUGUUCAAAAUAGUGAAGAUGAUCAUGGAGAGGAACUUCCAGCCUGUCAUCAUAUUCAGCUUCAGCAAGAAGGAGUGCGAGGCCUACGCUUUGCAGGUGGCCAAGCUGGACUUUAACAAAGAUGAGGAGAAACGUCUGGUGGAAGAAGUGUUCAACAAUGCAGUGGACUGUCUCUCUGAUGAAGACAAGAAACUGCCUCAGGUGGAACAUGUGCUGCCGCUGUUGAAGAGGGGGAUCGGGAUCCAUCAUGGAGGCCUGCUGCCCAUCCUGAAGGAGACCAUAGAGAUCCUUUUCUCUGAAGGUCUUCUCAAGGCUCUGUUUGCCACAGAGACGUUCGCCAUGGGCAUCAACAUGCCGGCUCGGACCGUGCUCUUCACCAGCGCACGCAAAUUCGAUGGCAAGAAUCACCGCUUUAUUACAUCAGGUGAGUACAUCCAGAUGUCUGGGCGCGCUGGGAGGAGAGGAAUGGACGACAGGGGGAUCGUUAUUUUCAUGGUGGACGAGAAGAUGAGUCCAGCUGUGGGCAAACAGCUACUAAAGGGCUCAGCAGACCCUUUGAACAGCGCCUUCCAUCUGACCUACAACAUGGUGCUCAACCUGCUGCGAGUGGAGGAGAUCAACCCAGAAUACAUGCUGGAGAAGUCUUUCUACCAGUUCCAGCACUACAGAGCUCUGCCUGGUGUAGUGGAGAAAAUCAAGAAGUUGGAGGAGCAGUACCACACCAUUGAGAUCCCCAAUGAAGAGAGCGUGGUCACUUACUUUAAAAUCAGACAGCAGCUGGCCAAGCUGGCUAAAGAGAUCCAAGAGUUCAUCCACAAACCCAAGUACUGCUUACCCUUCCUGCAGCCUGGACGACUUGUCAAGGUAAAAAACGAAGACGCUGACUUCGGCUGGGGAGUCGUUGUAAACUUUUGCAAGAAGACCAACCAAAAAACCAGCACAGACUCAGAGCCAUUGUACGUGGUGGAGGUUUUGGUCCAUUGCAGCAAGGACAGUGUCAAAGACGCUGCCACUGAGGCGGCUAAACCUGCAGCUCCGGGGGAGACUGGGGAGAUGCAGGUGGUUCCAGUGAUGCUCCAUCUCCUCACUUCCAUCAGCUCAGUUCGUCUUUACAUCCCCAAAGACCUGAGGCCCUUUGACAACAGACAGUUGAUGCUUAAAUCUAUACAGGAGGUGCAGAAACGUUUCCCUGAUGGCGUUCCUCUGCUCGACCCCAUAGACGACAUGGGCAUCAAAGACCCCGCUCUGAAGAAGGUCAUUCAGAAGGUGGAGGCCUUCGAGCACCGCAUGUACUCCCACCCUCUGCACAGCGACCCCAACUUAGAAUCGGUCUAUUCUCUCUGUGAGAGGAAAGCUCUGCUCGCAGCAGACGUUCGAACGGCCAAACGAGAGCUGAAGAAAGCUCGGACCGUCCUGCAGAUGGACAAGCUGAAAUGCAGGAAGAGAGUCCUGAGAAGACUCGGCUUCGCCAGUCCCUCAGAUGUCAUCGAGAUGAAGGGGAGGGUCGCUUGUGAAAUCAGCAGCGCUGACGAGCUGCUGCUGACGGAGAUGAUCUUCAACGGCCUCUUCAACGACCUGACGGCGGAGCAAGCCACCGCCCUGCUGUCCUGCUUUGUCUUCCAGGAAAACGCCAGCGAGAUGCCAAAACUGACUGAACAACUGGCCGCCCCGCUGAGACAAAUGCAGGAGUGUGCGAAGCGCAUCGCCAAAGUGUCGGCGGACGCCAAGCUGGAGGUGGACGAGGAGACGUACCUGGGCCAGUUCAAACCGCACCUGAUGGACGUGGUCUUCGCUUGGGCUAACGGGGCCACGUUUGCUCAGAUCUGCAAGAUGACCGACGUCUUUGAAGGGAGCAUCAUCCGCUGCAUGCGCCGUCUGGAGGAGGUUCUACGUCAGAUGUGCUCAGCAGCCAAAGCCAUUGGCAACACUGAGCUGGAGAACAAGUUUGCUGAAGGAAUAACAAAGAUCAAGAGAGACAUCGUGUUUGCGGCCAGUCUUUACUUGUAGUGACUCCACAUCGUUCUCUUCCUUCACAGCGAAGUUGAAUCCACUGUCGACUUCACAGUAAAUUCAUCCAGAACACGUAGAACAUGUCAUUCUUCUUAUUUAGUUUGAUUAUGUGAGUCAGUCAUUCUUUUAAUUGUGACGCCAUUAUCAAACUCCUCUCACGUGUUCACGAGUAAAAUGGCUUUAUUUUUCCUUAUUUUAGACAUUUGUACAUAUUUGUUACAUUGUUGUUUUCAAUAAAAGUCUGUAUGGUGAUUAGUUUACAUACAGAUUAUACAAAAAGAA